GAUAAGGACGGGAGAGUGAGAGUAAAAGGGAGAAGAUGGUGGCGUGAGUGGACCGCAGCCACUAGGGUUUGAAAUUUCAACGCAGUUUUUUUGAUUCCAUUGAAGAAGAAAAUGGGGGCAAGGAUAAAAAUGGCGGUGGUUAUCACGAUGGGCCGUCUCUUAGGGUUUUUUUGUUUAUUUAUUUAUUAUCAAUUUAUGAUUCAGGUUGAAAAAUGGAGUUUCUGGGUUUGAGUAAUUCAAACGUUGAAUUCGUUCGUUGACUGAUAUCCAAAGAAAGAAAGCUGGACGAAAGAGAGCGGUUGACGAUGGAGCACUCUCAUCUUCUUUUCCAUGGUGUAUUUAUGGUGUCUGUUGACCUUCCUCCCGCUUGCCUCCUUCCUGCUGCUUCCCAAUUCUUUUCCAUUUAUUCAUUCUCUUCCGUGUAUCCACCAUGGGAAUCUGCUGCGCAAAACCUGCCAAGCUCGCUCAUGCAUCUUCAACCAAUAUUUCUGGAAUGCCACCAAGAACUUCCGCAGUGAAAGUCUACUUGGUGAGGGAGGAUUUGGAUGCGUCUUCAAAGGGUGGAUCGAUGAACACUCAUAUCUUCCUACCAAACCCGGAACUGGAAUUGUAGUGGCUGUCAAGAAACUCAAGCGAGGGAGCCUUCAAGGCUACAAGGAGUGGCUUGCGGAAGUGAACUAUCUGGGCCAGCUCCGCCAUGAUAAUCUUGUCAGGCUUAUUGGGUAUUGCUCAGAAUCCGAUGACCGACUUCUAGUUUACGAGUAUAUGCCGAAGGGAAGCCUGGAAAACCAUUUGUUUAGAAAAGGUGUUGCACCGAUUUCUUGGCGUGUUCGAAUGAAUAUUGCAGUUGAUGUGGCACGGGGAUUAUCAUUCUUACACAGUUGUGAACCUAAUGUUAUAUACCGUGAUUUGAAGGCGUCCAACAUUCUGCUUGAUUCAGAAUUCAAUGCCAAACUCUCAGAUUUUGGCUUAGCAAGGGAGGGUCCUACGGGAGACAAGACUCAUGUUUCAACCCGGGUUAUGGGAACACGAGGCUACGCUGCCCCAGAAUAUGUAGCAACAGGUCACUUGACCCCGAAGAGUGACGUAUACAGCUUUGGCGUCGUUUUGCUAGAACUUCUCUCAGGCAAACGUGCAUUGGACCAAGAGAAAGUAGGGAGAGUGGAAGAGACCCUAGUGGAUUGGGGGAAACCCCUCCUAAGCGACAGUAAACGAAUGUUGAGGAUAAUGGACACGAGGAUGGGCGGUCAGUACUCGAGAAAAGAAGCUCAAGCUGCAGCCUCGCUUGCGCUGAAUUGUCUCCACACAGAUCCUAAAAACAGGCCAUCAAUGGUUGAUGUUCUGGAGGAAUUAGAACGACUACUGAGCUCAAAGGAUGUUCUAAGGACUCCGGACAGCCGUGCCAUCAGACGCACUCCGCCUGCUAGAUCUCGAUAGUAAAGUAAUAAUGGCUUACUCGAACUGUGUUUGAUUUUUUAUUUGGAAGUUGCCUCCCAACAAACGCACUUCACCCAAUACAAGAAGUGCGGUGUACAAGUUUUGUGGAUAUUUCCAUGUAGAAUAUAUAUAUCCCCAACCAAAUGUUACAGAAACAAUCAAGUCCUUUUUCCAUCCA